AUGAAACCCAAAUCGUCAUCCAUACGCAGCUCGUCGAUAUCUGAUAACGGUGCUGCAUUAUUGUUCCGUUCUUUAUCGACAUCAUCCAUGGCUGCUCCCAGAAGUGUGGUGCUGGAUACCGGCGUUAUCGGUGUUGGAGUUGGAGGGGGGAGAAUGAGGGACGAGGAGAAGGAUUUUGCUGAUUCGCCUACGAGCAAGAAGGGCAAAUUAGGUGAAGGGGGCGCCUUUCCUUUGUCCCGGUGGGAGCUCUUUGCUGGUUUAGGGGUAUUUUUGCUGUUUACCAUUGGUUUGGGCUGCGUUUACUUGACCAUGCCAGCUGCGGAUUAUAGCAAGCUUAAGCUUCCCCGAACACUCUCCGAUCUUCGGAUGCUCAAAGAUCAUCUUGCAACAUAUGCCAAUGCUUACCCAACACAGUUCAUUCUCGGGUAUUGCUCAACGUAUAUAUUCAUGCAGACAUUUAUGAUCCCUGGGACUAUAUUUAUGUCCUUGCUUGCUGGAGCACUAUUCGGUGUUAUCAGGGGCCUUUUCCUGGUUGUUUUCAAUGCUACAGCUGGAGCAUCGUCCUGCUACUUUCUGUCUAAAAUAAUUGGAAGGCCUAUUGUUUACUGGCUCUGGCCUGACAAAUUAAAAUUUUUCCAGUCAGAGAUAGCCAAGCGAAAAGAUAAGCUACUCAAUUACAUGCUCUUUCUGAGAGUAACUCCAACAUUGCCAAACCUUUUCAUCAACCUGGCAUCACCAAUUGUUGAUAUACCAUUCCAUAUCUUUUUUCUGGCCACUGUGAUUGGUCUGAUUCCAGCCUCUUACAUUACUGUCAGAGCUGGCCUAGCACUUGGGGACCUGAGGUCAGUCAAAGAUCUAUACGAUUUCAAAACUCUAUCUGUUCUUUUUCUCAUUGGGACGGUGGCUAUAGUUCCAACUCUGUUGAAAAGGAAGAGGGUAUAUGAAUAG